AUGUCACCUUCUGAAGCAUUGGGAUUUAAGCAUCUCCGACAUUCCUUUGAAAAACGGCUUAUUAGACUUAUACAUGCGAUUGAUGGGGAAGAUGUCCUCCAGCCCGAUGAGGAAGGGCGGGGGACCAUUCUUACAUUUGAUGUUACUGGAAAUAUCAUAUUUCACAAAGGCACUACCUUGAAGCUUUCCUUCAAGUCAGGCCAAGCGAAACUGCCAGUUUCUUGGGCAGUCAUUGGUUUUUCGGACCACAGAUUGCAUGGCUCGCUAUCUCUACCAGCCACCAACCCCUUUGAUAAGGGCUCGCUGGGCGGUGAUGCUCGACUGCCCCAGCCGCUUAUCAGUGUUCAAGGUCUCCAAGACGGCCAGUCAGAAUUAGUAUUGACCAUCGAGGACCCCGAGGCAACGUCGCGUUUUCCGUCCUCCCUCUGUCCUCACUGCAUCCUCCGUAUCACGGUGACUUUGAGCGAGUGGCCCAACGAAGUCGAUUUUGAGGUGUCCAACAAUCCGUACAUGAAGAAUGGCGUGAAACUGUCUAUCCCAAUUUCGAAAAAUUAUCUGCCAGAAAAUGAAAUCAAUUUACUGCUGUGGGCUGCAGCCGUCGGAGACACCAAACUUUUGAAAACACUUCUUCGCCUUACCAAGCGCAGCGUUGAGGAUAUUACUGACGAGGCGGGCCGGUCGAUCUUGGUAUGCGCGUCUUUCAUGGGUCGAGAUGAAGUCAUUAAAUUUCUAGAGGGCCUACCAGAAUUGGACUGGAAUCGAACUGACAAGAACGAAAGAAGCGCUUUAUCUUGGGCAAUCGGCAAUGGGCACAUUUCAACAACCCAGCUCCUCUUGACAAAAGCCGAUGCUAAUCUUGCGGAUGAGGAUGGGCUUACACCACUUUCUUGGGCUGCAAAGAAUGGCCACGUCAAAACGGCGGCCCUCCUUUAUUCACUGAAGAACUUUCAAAUGCCAGACCUUAGAGCAGAGGGUAAGGAUGGGCUCACACCUCUAAAUCGGGCUGCUGUGGGGGGCCACUCUGAAGUGAUCAAGGAAUUAUUAUCGAAGAUUCCUGAUAACAAUGAAAAUAAAGGGCUUCUGAAUAAUGAUAUAAAAAAAUCACUGGACCUUGCUGCACAACACGAACAUCAAGAAGCAAUAGAGAUCCUAGUUGGGGCAUGGGUAUUCCAGUUUGAUGAUGAACAACAGCGGCUGGACGAAGCGCUCUUUGAAGCCGCCACCAAAGGUUGGCUCAAGUUAACCGAGUGUCUAAUCAGAAACGGGGCGGAUAUUGAUCAUUCCUCAGCUGGUAAGACCCCUCUUGGGAUCGCAGCCGAAGAGGGUCACACAGACGUAAUUCAGUAUUUGCUCUCCAGAGGAGCAAAUCUUGAAUACGCAACGGAUAGGCAGGAAACAGCGAAAGGCGUGGUCACUGGGGGGGAUACACCCAUCUUUCUCGCGAUAAGGAAAGGUUGUGGUGAAGCUGUGAAGGUCCUGCUCGAUGCAGGCGCGGAUACUGAAAGAUCCAACGCGGCGGGCGAAACGCCGUUACACCUUGCUGAACGGCACCCUCUCAUUCUCAGUAUGCUUUUACAGAAGGGCGACGAUGGGAAGCUAGCGACAUCCACUCGCGAUUUGCACAGCGAAACAGAUCAGCUUUUUAACGCCACGAUCGUAGAAUUCAACUCAGGGCACAAAAUCUCGACACGACUUGAAGAAAUUUCUAUCUAUAAACUUCUCAGCGAAGAGAGAUAUACUACGCUACUAGAAGAUAGCCAUAGCACCUCUUUCCAGUGGUAUCAUUUACCCGCGAAUAAUGUCCUGAUUCAUAAACUUUACAAGAAUAGCUUGCCAUCGAGUUACAGAAUUUUGAAACCGGACCGAUGGGCCAAGCGACAGCAUCAUGGACCAACUGGAUCUCCGCAUGCUAGAUUCAUGCAACCACUAUGCGAUCUAGUUCCAAAGGAAGUCGAUACAAAACUUCUUCAUAUCGGAUACAAGAAUUUGACAUUGUAUACCACAGCGAAUGUGGCGCCAGUCCAAGGACAGAUCAAUGCAGACCAAGAUGUCGUACUAUUUAUGCCGUUCUUACAUUGGGACGAAAAAGAUGCGUAUGACGAAAGAAAUUCUGUCAUCGAAAACCGCGGUAAAAACAUGAAUGGCAAGUGGACCAAAGAACAAAAACUACUACAUCACUACGUCUACGAAGGAAGAAAUCAUCCUCUUCACUUAAUGCACACCAGGAGAACCUUGGAUCAAUUCUACUACCACUCGCUAAAAAGUACAGAGAAAAGAGACGGAGACCAAGCCGUCUCCCGGUAUCAAGACGCCAAUUUUCCAAACGAUCCGAAAAUUAUGGCUGUGGCAGACCAACUAUGGCUCUGGGUCCUUGUAGGUCCUUCAAAGAGGGCCCAGGCGGUCAUUUCGUGCUUCCCGAGCAGGCAGACUUCGGAGCUUCGCACCAACAUGCCCCUGGAUCCAAAUGGGAAGACCGACAUCUUGCAUAAAAUCAAACUUUAUCUUCUGCAAGAGCCUCAAGCUGUGAAGAAUCCUUAUGACCUGGUCGGAGUGAUUACCAGCAAGUGCUCAGGAGCAUUCUUAGACCCCUCCAAUCCCCCUAGAGGCUUGCAGUUUUCGGAGGUAUAUGAGAGCUCUAUUAGUAACAUUAUGAAUGAAGAGGCCGAGCUCUUUGAUGAUUUUAACGUGACGUCACGAUUCCGCUCGAAGUAUGCGACUGCGGACCGAGAGAUAUUAGAAAAUCUGGAAGAAAGGUUGGGCAAGGCUCUGCUUGCCCGGCGUCUUACCGACGCUCUUGAUAUUACUCAAGAAAUAGGGCUUUUACGCCAAAUUAAAGACAUCCAGGAUGAACUCAACAUUAUAUCCAUGGUGUUCGAGAAUCAACGAAUCGUGGUAGAGAAAAUGGAGAGAAUAAGUCGCUCAAUGCAAGCCCCGACUUUGGAGCCAGCUUCCCAGGUGUCCGGAAAUGCGAACGACUUGGCAUCGACCGACCCGAAUGAACAAACCCAUGAGACUAAAGGCCUCAGAAAGGAUUCGGAUUCGGGUCCAAAUGAUGCACCGGAGCACACAAAUGCUCGAUUCAAUCCCAAUCUGAUGAAGACAGAGGGCGGAGCGCAGAAGGGCCACGUUCAAAGACCCAGUACACAAAGCACUAUAAACAUUAUAAGGAACGAAGGGAUAGUCAAUAUCGCGCAUAACAACGAUAUGUCUACCACCCAACCAGUCGAUAGGGACAUCUACAAUGGUGACAUCUGGGGAGCCAGCCACAGUCCACCAAAUUCCAGCUUUCCGUUGCGCGUGGUCCUGCAAUGCGCUGAAGACGUAGAAAUGAUGAUUCAACGCACGGAGAGGGCGUACAAAGCUCUAAAUUUCCUUGUUGACUUAAAGCAGAAGCAGAAUAAUGUGGAGGAGGCCCGAGCAACUCGCAUUCAAGCCCAAGCCUCUUUCAAAAUGACAGUAGAGUCUGAGAAACAAGGCAAAACCUUGAUGCUAUUUACGGUUGCCACUAUUGUUUUUCUGCCGUUGUCUUUUAUGGCUGCAUUCUUUGCUAUCAACAUCACCGAGUUCGAGCGCAAUGAGAAAGGAACUCUUGGCUUGAGCUAUGUCUCGAAAAUUAUGUGUCCUUAA